CGUCAGCAAUCGCCAUAAUUGUUGUUCUAAAAAUCCAACCUCUGUAUUAAGUUAAAACUUUACGAAAUUCGGUGUUUGAAGAGGAUUAAAACAUGUAGAAAACCCUGUUCUUCCAUGCCAAGUAUAUAAUUUAGUCCUAUUGAAAGUAAGAUACUAAAAAGGCCUUUCUACGAGGCAAUAAAGCUGUAGAAAAAUCAUGAAUAGGUCUGAAGGUUUGGUACAAAGAAAAAAUGUCCUUACCUCUUCCAACGAUCGGACUGGAACAGGAUCACAGGAUAGGAGUGGACCUGGAAUUGAAGAUCAAAAGCAACUGGAAAAUGACGAAGAGGAUGUUGACGCCAAAGAGACACGUUUGACUUUGAUGGAGGAAGUUUUACUGUUGGGUUUGAAAGACAAAGAGGGUUACACAUCCUUCUGGAAUGACUGCAUUUCUUCUGGUCUUCGUGGAUGUAUACUUGUAGAGCUGGCUUUACGAGGAAGGAUAGAACUUGAGAAAGCUGGAAUGCGCAGACGAAGUGUUUUGAUGAGGAAAGUUUUAUUAAAAAGUGACACACCCACUGGUGAUGUUUUGUUAGAUGAAGCCUUGAAACACAUAAAAGAGACCAGUCCUUCAGAAACUCUGCAGAGCUGGAUUGAGUAUCUUAGUGGUGAAACUUGGAAUCCACUAAAGCUCCGUUACCAACUUCGGAAUGUAAGAGAACGUUUGGCUAAGAACCUGGUGGAGAAAGGUUUGUUGACCACUGAGAAACAAAACUUUCUACUCUUUGACAUGACCACACACCCACUGACUGACAAUACUGCUAAAAGUAAGUUGGUAAAGAAAGUUCAAGAUGCUGUUCUGGGAAGAUGGGUUAACGAUCCGCAUCGAAUGGACAAAAGACUACUUUCUCUUAUUAUACUAGCCCAUGCUUCGGAUGUUUUAGAGAAUGCCUUUGCUCCCUUGACUGAUGAUGACUAUGAAGUAGCUAUGAAACGUGUGCGUGAACUUCUAGAUUUAGACAUGGAGGCCGAAAGUAUGAAACCCAAUGCUGUUGAAACAAUGUGGGGUGUGUUUGCUGCUUUUGUUAAAUGAUAGUGCAAGCACUUUUAUUUUGUCAUUUUCAAUAGAUGACAAGUCUGUUUUAUUAUGCGUAAGUGCUUGAGUGAUCAAACUAUCCAGGAGCUAUUGGGACUGUUCCACUUCUCUCUUUUUAUUUUUACUUUUCACAGAGUUGGGUGAAAAGCACUAUUUUGUUACAUUGUCUAGGUUCGGUAGGUUAUUAAUGGGGGACACCAAUAAAGAGCACAAAAGCUUGGCUUUGUUGAGGUUGGUAAUUUUUCUUGAACUGAUUGAAAUGAAAUAUGAAUCAUAUGGCAGAUAAAACUGAAUUCAAUAACUUGAACUCGGAAUGUUAAUAGAUCAUGCCAGUAACAUUUUUCAGAACUGAUAAGUACGUGAUGGUAACUGACUUUAAAAUAACAUAAAGGUAUUUUAGUACAAGGUCUUGCUUCUAUGGUGAUAUCGUUAAUAGACCAUAUUCUGAAAUAAUUACAUUUUCCCAUGUACCUGUAUAAAUAUUUGUCCAAGAAAUACAUUUAAUUAAAAUUUAAUUAAAAUACAUUUAAUUACUACCUUGAAAUUUCCAACACAUUUUUAUCUUUUUUUGAAAACUAUUUUUAUUGUUCAUACAUUCUCAAAAUUAAAUACAGUAUUGCUGCUUUCAAGCUGUGUUGUAAUUGUUUUUAAUAAAUUAGCUCAUGUUAAUAUCUGAUUUAUUUACAGUAACAUAACUCGUAAUUGACUUGCAAUGAAUUGAAGGUUUUUGUUUCUGCGUGAAUCAUUAAUAAUUUUACACCACCUCCUUCUUUACUUUAAAAAAUAUAGAAAGAAUUUAAUUUAAAAUAUUUUUUUUGUAUUGAAAAUAAAAUUAUUAUUGAUAGAAACUGGGUGAUAUUUAAUUGUUGGAUAGAAAAUUUAGUCAACUUUGACCCAAAGCUUAGAUUACAGUAAUAUAUAUUCAUGUUUUUAUUGAAAGGUGUUGAAUUCAGUUUUAUCGAUCAUUUACAACCUGAUUUUUCAACCAUAUUAGUGAUUUAUGAAGAAUUUAAAAUGUAACUUAAGAUAUUCUAAGUUUUUUUGUUUUUGCUUACAUGUAAUAAAGUAAAUCAUUGAAAUAUUUUGCUUUUAGAUUAGAAAUACACUGAUAUAUAACACCUAUUGCCAUAUUGUACAUACAUGAUAACUUGUUCACGACUGUCAGCUGUAGUUAUUAAAAAUGUAUAAAAUUAUUAAUUCUUUUUCUGCUUUGCUUCUUCAUUUUUAUUUUUUGGUACUCUUAAAAUUUAUAAGAGAUGUUAAAAACUUUUGAGAUAAAAACUGAAAGAUAUAUGUGUAUAGAAAGUGAAAGUAUGUAGAGUGAUAUUAAUACACUUACUUUGUAAGAGUUUAAAUUUUAAAUUAAAAAAUGGAUGUGUGUAAUUUUGUGCCAGAUUUGUUCUGUGAAAAAGAUCAGACCCUGAAAAAUUUUUAGGCAUUUAUGAGAGCAAACAUAAGUAAGAAAAACAAAGACAGGAAAAUGUUAACUUUGGUUUGAUUUUUUUCAAUAUGUUUUUUUCCUGAGUUUGAGAACAUCAUUUCAGGAAGGGGUACUUAUCAUUAGUUCUCAUUCCGAUGAUAGGCUUAACAGAACCUAAAGUAAAAAUAGUAGUACUUCUUCAAAAACACUCUCCCAUUGUUCCCUAAAUAAAGAAAUAAAACAUAUUUUUGUGCAAUUUAUUUAUGAUUCACUGUAUAUUUAUCUGUAAAAGUAAAUGUUUUUAAUUGUAAUUGAAUAAAAAAUAACUGUAUGGAGAUAAUUUUUAGUUCAAGAAAGGUUUGAAAAAACUGUAUGGAAAUAAUUUUUAGUUUAAGAAAGGUUUGAAAAAAAAUUGCCUCUAUACAUUUUGCAUAUUAGAGAAUGAUCAGCAAUCUAGUAUAAUCACUAAUUGUCUUAUGAAAAUGGAAUUCAAAUUGGUUUUUUUGCUAAACACUUCUGUAAAAUUAUUAGCAUCUGUUUAUGUUACAGUAGCAGCAUAAAUGUAUAAACAGGUUAGAUUUUUGUGAAGCCUCUACCAAAAUAAGCAAUUGUUUUUGUUAAAAGUAGGUUUUCGGAGGAAGUGUAAAUGAUAGGGAAAUUCUAAUGCAGCAAAGGAACCAAAUAUCUGUUUUUAAAGUGCACUAAGAAAAUAAUUACAUUAUAUGGUGAACUAUUAACAAAAUUUUUGUCAGUAAGGGCUUUUAUAAGUAUGCAGUUUUCCAUAGUUAAAUUAAUAUUCUAAUUAAUCAUCCCUAAAAAAUGAUAAAAACAGAAAAAGUUAUUUGUUGAAAAUCAUUUUCGUGAUACUAGUUUUGAGCUUUUGUUUGUAAAAUUUACUUAGCUUAUAUUGAUAAAAUUUUCAGCCAGAAUUGAAGGUUGAUCAAAUAAAAAAAAAAUGUUUUGUUGUUAAAUUGUUCACACAUUCCAAAGAAGGGCACUUGUUUCAUAGCUCUUAGUUUUUUUUAAUUGAUUAAUUACCUAAAAUACUAAAAUAGCCAGUUGUGUGUCUAUAUAUCUUUAUAAUUUUGACUCAACUUCUAUUUGUUUACAUUUUGAUGUAGAUAUUGAUAUAUAUAUUAUAGGAAUGAAUGAAAUGAUACAGUUUCAUGAGACAGGUGUGAAAUAUGAAUAGAGAAAUGCGACAUUAAAGUUUUGUUAAAAUUGUAUAUCUUUUAGUUAAGAGAACAGAAUUUAAAGCUACCACUAUUACUAAGUUUACUAUUUGUAAAAAAGUAUCCAUCCAUACUUACUGGAAAGUAAUUUGUUUUCUUAACACUUACAUAUUUACACAUACCAAUAUAACCUAUUAAUUUUAAGGACUUCCAACCCACCGUAAUCAAAUGAAUUGUGAAAUCCUACAUUUUAAAAGAAAUGUACUAUAAAAUAUGUAACAGAAAAAACAUGAGGAUUACAUUAGGAUCUCAAGUUUAAUGAGGAACUAUACAUGUUCAUAUUGUCUUGUAAGAGUAACUUUCAUGCUUCAAGAAAUCCCAUUAGUGUGUGUAUUUAAUAUAGAUAGAAGUGAAGGUUUUUAUAGUGAAAGUAUAAACAAUAUGUAGUUCAUAUGAAAAAAUCUGGAUGUAUGAUAUGUGUUGUGAAAUUAUGAAUACAUUUUAUUAAGUGUUGAAGUUACCUUACCAAAGACAACAUAUCAAUUCAGUUGCUGCUGGCACAACAUAAAAAUUGACAAGGCAUUAUUAAAGUUAUCCAUCAUAUGUUUUUGAAAGCAGCAUAAAAAUUGAAAAUGAUUUUUUGCUUUUUUUUUUAUUCCAGUGUGUUAAAAGUUAUUCAUUUCAAAUUUCUUUUGUUGUACUUAUAAUAGUCAGAAACCAAGGUAUCAUAAAACUUUUAAUUCAUUUGAAAAGAAAUGAAACUUAGGUUACUUUUGAGAACUUUUCAACAAAGAAAGGAAAUUUAAAAUUUUAUUCAAGAUAUUUGUGUCUUAUAUUGUUCGUUGUAUGGUAACAGGGAAUUGUUAAGUUCUUGUUAUUUAAAGCAGGCUGUAGUAAAUUUAAAAGUUAGAUCUCAAUCCGAGUGUGUCUGUUGAGCAAUUGUGGUUCACUUUCACUGAGAAUUGUAUGCAGUGAAUGAAUGUACACAGGUAAGUUUUAUAAGCCACAAUUGUUUUGUAUCAGAGACUUGGCAGUUGUAACUGAUAAGGCUAACUAAGAAAUAUUAAUUUUAUGCACAAGGUGUUUGUAUUAGUGACAGACCAACAUUUAUUUAAUUCCACUUUUGGUUUAUUACAGAUUUAUUGUGAGUUUUAGACACUGUUUCUUUAAUAUAACAACUGUAAUUUUUCUUUCGGAAGAAGUAUCUUACACAAAUUCAUUAUA